AUGAACAAGUAUCGAUUUGUUUCUCUGUCAUUUGUCCCGCGAUCAUCUACGGUAAAACCAAUUCAUAAACAACGACAAUAUGCGAAUACUCCGACUUCAUCAUCACCAUCACCAACUGCAAAUAUAUGGACAACGCUGACCGAAACUCGUAAUGUUCAAAUAAUGCCACCAAGAAUAUUGAUGAUACAAGAUGGUGGAAAGCAGCAAAAGCUCCCUAUUGAUCCGAUACAGAAAGUAAGCCGAAGCACCAGUAUCUCUUCCCCUGUGGUGGGUGGAGCAUAUUUAAUUGGCAAAAAACCGACAUGUCUGGAGAUAUCACUUAUGAUUUUUGGAAUCCUUACCACACUCGCUGCAUUGGCAGCAUUAGCAAUCAGCAUUUAUUUACUCACUAAUAUCCGUUCACCAACAAAGACAUGUAUGACUACAGUGACGACAACGACAAGUACAAGUACAAGUACAACUACCACUACAAGUGCAACUACAACGACCAGUACAAGCGCAACUACAGCGACAACCACAACCACAACUUCAAGUACAACGCCAGAUCCAGCGUGUUCUGCAAUCUAUUUUUCCAAUGGUGACUUUGAAUCUGGUACUUCUGCAGGCUGGACAAUUGGUGGUGGUUAUCGUAAUGGAGACUUAUCAAGCAACAUUUAUUCCGGCGACUACUUGCCUGGUGGUUCACAUUAUAAUUUGACCAUUGCCAAUACGCAUUCAAGUAUUGUUACUCAUGGCUACGAUCCGGUCCUUGGUAAUUUAAUGCCAGACAUCGUAUAUAGAGGAAAUUAUUCGUGGCGUGUUGAGGAUACGAUAUCUGGUGGAUACGGAUCAGUUAUUUCUCAACAAGUCAGUAAUUAUUCGUGUUCGGAUAUAUAUUUUGCGUGGUUAGCGGCUUUAGAAAAUGGUGGUCACACCGCAGAUCAAUCGACCGUUAUGAUUAUCGAAUUGAAAGAUACGACUGUUGGGGACAUAGUACUCAGACGCGUCUACAAUGCUGGAGCUUCAGGUGGAGUCGACACUCGUUUUAACCAAUCUGGUUCGUAUUUUUACACACCUUCUUGGCAAAUCGAGCACGUGGUUAUCAAUAGUACUCGUCUAGGCAACAACUUCACUUUAAGUGCACUCGCUAUAGAUUGCGCACUAAAUGGUCAUUCAGGUCGUAUUUAUCUCGACAAUUUCGGUGGUGUUCCAUUAUAA